AUGGCGCAAUUUUUAAUGCGGGCUGUCUCCGAAGCCCCUAAUAUCGCAAAACUCAACAACACACUGAACAAUAAACUUGAGUCCAUUAAAGCGGAAGCUCGAAAUGGAUUGGAAAUUCCGUCUUUCGUGUUUUUAGGCACGGAGUAUGAUGAAAUGCUAGAAUCUAUCAAGGGAGAUGACAUCUUCGUUGCUCAAAAAUGGCUCCAGGUCACAUCGUUCAUCAUUAAAUCUGAAAUGAUUCGGUUACAAAAAGGCGAAUCCAUAUCUGAACAUGCAUCUCCUUUCUUUGAGGGCGUUAUUACAACAAUGUUGGAUACCUUGGAGAGAAUAGAGGGUACUGCAUCUACUAUUGCUUCAAACUUGUGGAAUACAUUGUCUGAAUCAUUGUCCAUGAUUUUAUCGCCAAAUGUAGCUGCUGUUGUAAAGUGUCACAAGAGGAUAGCACACCGUAGUUUCAAUUUCGUGUUGCAGACUACCAACACUGAGCAUGCUGAGAGGUUGAUAUUAGUCAUUAUGACCUGGAUGUGCUCCACACGGUCAUUUGAUAGCAAUAAUGAUGCGGAUACGGUUUAUAUAAACCAGUUGCGCACGCUACAGAGAUCAGAGAACGAUAGUAUCAGCGCGGAAGCUACGACUCUUAUUUUAAACAACAUUCAAAAGGUGAUGAAGCGAGAGCCCAAGGUUUUACCAGAAUUCAUUUUGGACCAUGUAAAGCUCAUAACCAAAGAAAUUCAACUUGGUACCGUAUCCAGAUUUGGAAGGAUCUUGCAACUUAUAGAGGCCACAUUCAAUGUAUGCAAGCGCUCUCGCUCCGACCUUGUACUUGAUUUAGUGCCACUGUGGGAUAUGUUCGACACCAUAUUUAAACAGCUACCAGCAUUGGAUGAAAAUACCGUGAAACAGUCAUUGGCUUUAUUAUCAAGGGUUGUAUCUUGGUUGGGCCCGGAUUUGAUUUUGGUCAACGUCAAAAGCAUACAACAGAUAUUCAGCAGCUUGUUCCAGCAUCCCUUGGAUCUAGUCAUAGCCCAUGGGAAUCACAUCCAGAAUACUCUGCACACUAUGUCUGCAUGUUGCCUGGAUUUUUACAUUUUAAUGUCAACACAACUUGAAGAUAUCGUAAAACAAGUUAAUGUGGAUAUAGACCGUGAUGAUCUUAGCAAUGCUGCAGCGUUGUUAGGGAUAUUAACGGAAUUGGAUGGGCCGGUAGCAGGACAUACUGUAGAGGCUUUGAUUAUAAGACUUGCGACCAUCAACAGGAAGCACUGGGAAAGUCCAAAACUUGCUAAUGCUGCUUUAGGACUCAUUAACCAGCAUAUAGCAAGGGGUUGCUCCAGUCACCAGAAGGCACUGCGGAUAAUGCUAAUCUUCGUUCAACAAUUAAGAAGUGCAAUUGGCCACAGUCGUUUUGCCGACAGUAUAAUAAUCCGUAUCCGGGAUCUAUUAUCUCCAUCAUCUGACCCCGAUGUUAACACAGAAUAUGCAUUGUACACUGAGGAACUCCAAAAGUAUAUUGAAAUGGGCUAUCCAACUAGGAAUACAGAAGAGCCAAGCCAUCAACCAACACAAUUGGCAUCAGCUGACAAUAAUGAUACCACUAAAAAUAAACGCGACGAUGUUAUUGAUGCAAUUAAAAAGCGGUUAAAAAGUAUGUGCCAACCAGUGAAACAAGACUCUGCCACGGUCCCAUAGGCUAUAUGUAGAACAAGUC